AUGACACCAUUUGCUGCGAAUGACGAGAUAAAUAAUCUGAUACAACGUUUAGAAGUUCCUGUAAAAGAUCAGACUCUAGGCAUUCCUGACCCCAUUAGCAUGUUUAACUCAGUCUUUAUAUUCGCUCGCGCUGGCGUCUUGACUCUUCCAGUUGCAUAG